CUCGUUCGCUCACCUUCGCGCCGCCAUUGACCAUCAGCAUCAAAUUGGUCUUGGCAUCAGCCGCUCGUCUAACAACAUAACUCAACUCAUCGAUUCACACCUUCAAUUCGUUCAAUUGAGGCGCGCGCGCGCGCAACAGUUCCCACACGACCAACAGCCCACCAUGGCCUCCAAAAACCGUCUCCCACAUCCUCAACAGCAACCCUUCACGCCGAGCUCGGCCUCAACAGCCUACGGAUCGCCAGCCCCAGAACACGGACGUCUACCAUCACUCACUCAUCCUCAUGCCCAAAACGGAGCAGGAGGAGCAGGAGGAGGAGGAGCAGCAGUAGCAGCCGCCGCACUCUCACCGACGGCAUCAGCGGCAUCGGGUCCGUCAUACUCGACACCCGUCGCGCGGCAGCAGACGACGACGCCAAAAAGCUACGGCAACGGUAAUGGCGCUCAUCACCAGCAUCCGGAUGAGAGCGUCGACGGCAACUCGGCUAGCCCCGAUGACGGCGGCGACAAGGGCCCUGCGAGGAAGAAGCAGAAGCGUAACAAGCCUACGUUGUCGUGCUUUGAGUGCGUUGAGCGCAAGACAAAGUGUGACCGAGGUCGACCAAACUGCCUAGCAUGUAUCAAACGUCAAACGGAAUGCCGAUAUGCAGCUGUGGCCACAAUACUUGAAGAAACAACAAGAUCCCUCGCCAACGGCCGCCGCAUGACGAAACCCCCCAAACCAAAAGGACCAGGCGACAUCUCCACCAUCCCAAACGUAGCAGACAGAGGCCUCAUCGAAGGCCGCGGCUUCACCUCCCGCGGCUCCGUCGGCUCCGUCGCCUUCUCCUCCUCCUCCACGGGUCUCCUCUCCAACGUCCCUUACUCCCUGCCCACCGCCAGCAACGUCUUUGGCAUCGGCUCCGAGCACCCCUUUGCCAACUACUGGACCUGCGAGGGCGGCCUGCCCGAGGUCAUCUCCGUGCUGCCGGAGAAGGUCCAGGCCGACAUCUUGCUGGCGCAGUACUUUGAGUGCGUCGACCCGGUUUACCCCAUGAUCCACCGGCAGACCUUUUACGCCGACUAUGAGCACUUUUGGAGCCUCAGCGCCGAGGAGAAGAACCGUGUCGAUGCGGCGUUUGUGGGCCUUAUCUUUGUGAUGCUUGCGCUGGGCACGCAGUUUGUGACGUCGAAUUCACCGAGCGAUGCGAAGCAGACGGCUGAGUUUUAUGCCUCGGCGAGUAACCAGGCGCUUCGUAUGUUUUCUUACCUGAGUGCGGCUUCGUUGCGGUCUAUCCAGUCCAUGGUGCUGUUGACAUACUUCUUGAUCAACGACAACCACGCCUCGGACGGCUGGGCCUUUGCCGGCAUACUCAUCCGCCAAGCCUACGCCAUGGGUCUACACCGCGACCCCAACAUCGUCACCCCCGACGCCCCCAUCUUCGAAAAGCAACAACGCCGCAAACUCUGGCAAGCCGUCCUCCUCCAAGACACCUUCCUCACAGUCCUCCUCUCCCUCCCGCCCUCAGCAACCCACACCGACGUCUCAGUCGAAGACCUCGUCGACGACGGCUCCGCCAUCGCCUCCUCGGACCCGACAGACAUCGCCUACAUCCGCGGCUCCUGGACCCUCGCCAACCUCGUCCAGGAAACAAUCUGCUCCCCGCGCUCCCUCGACCUCCCCAUCUGCGCCACCGUCCGCCACAAGUCCAAACUCAUCGCCGACUUCCGCUGCGUCUACCGCUCCUUUCCCGAUGUCUUCCGCUCCUGGGACGCAGACAGCCUCGCGAGCCUAGCGCGGACGAAUAAGCGCGUCGUGAGGCAGACGCUGUUUUUGACGAGUAAUUAUCACCAUAACAUCAUGCUCGUGUACGCGUCGGAGAGCGCGGAAUGUCCUUCGAAUACGCGGGGCACGCUGGAGGCGGCGCACGAGGCGAUUACGUCGUUUUUCUUGUUGUUUGACAUCUUUGAGCUCGAGGCGCGGGUGUGGUGGGUUUUCAACCACCGCGCGUUUCUCGAGGCGCUGUGUAUUGGGAGCGUGCUGCGGGAGAUGGGCAAGGACCCUGUUGCGGCGGAGGAGGCGGAGGAGGCGGAGAGGGAUCCGUUGUUCCAGAGGGCUAGGAGUGAUAUUGCAAAAAUGAUCAAGAUCAUGGUGUUGAUGGGCGAAGGCGAGCAAGGGUCCGAUGUCGCGCGGGCCCGUGUGCAAGUGUUGAAGGACCUCUUGCCACCCCUGUAAGAAGUCGUUGCCGGUAUCAUUGCUUGUUCAUGCUCCUUGUGUUGCGGCGGGGUCUGCUAUACCUGUCAACCCGGGGG